CUCUCUCUCUCUCUCUCUCUCUCUCUCUCUCUCUCUCUCUCUCUCUCUCUCUCUCUCUCUCUCUCUCUCUCUCUCUUUCUCUGUAUUGUAGCUCAGUACUUUGCCACCACCAUGGUCAUUGUGGGUCUCUCUGUGAUCGCUACGGUUCUGGUCUUACAAUAUCACCAUCACGAUCCUGAUGGAAGCAAGAUGCCUAAGUGGACUCGGGUAAUUCUGCUCAACUGGUGCGCCUGGUUCCUGCGUAUGAAGCGGCCCGGUGAGGACCGUGUACGCCUGGCCUGCCACAACAAGCAUCCCCGUGGGAGCCUCACCAGCAUGGACCUGAACACCAGCGCCUCAGCCCCCCACUCCACCAACGGCAACAUGCUCUACAUCGGCCUGGAGAGCAUGCACUACACUACAGGUGCAACCUCCCCCGACUCCGGAGUGCUGUGCGGCCGUCUGGUGUGUGGUCGGGGGGAGGACGAGGUGCUCUUGCCCACACGGCCCACCUCUUCAGCGGGGAGCCUGGAGCCCGAUCUGGCCAAGCUCCUGGAUGAGGUGCGCUACAUCGCCAAGCGUUUCCGCGACCAAGAUGAGGAUGAGUUGGUGUGCAACGAGUGGAAGUUUGCGGCGUCAGUGAUCGACCGGCUCUGUCUCAUGGCUUUCUCUCUCUUCACCAUCCUCUGCACCAUCGGUAUCCUCAUGUCGGCACCUAACUUUGUAGAAGCCAUUUCCAAAGACUUCUUUACCUGAGAGCUUGAAACGUUCACAUGCUUUAGCCAAUAAAUACACUACAUUGUUUUUGAAAUCUCACAUUACAAGACACAUACUUAUAUCAAAUGAUUGAAUAUUUGUCUGUGAUAUAGAGAGAGAAUACAUUAUG